UACUUUUUGGUCCAAUGCGGAUGAUUGGUGUCUAUCGAAUACAUCUUACAAAUGGAUAUUUUCUUACUGCGUUUAUCAUUUCCCACCAAAGCCAUCCUUCCCACUAUUAUCGCACCGACCACAACGCUCGCUGUCUAAUGAGCGGAGUCGCCUGUAAGGGUUCGGAGCAUCAUCUGGCUUACUGUCCCUUUGACGGAUUCUCGUCCGUUAGUUGUCCUAGCGGCCAUAUAGUCGGAGUGCAAUGUAACCAAGCGACUCCAUCGCCUCCUUCUGUACCUACCACUGCCGCAGCAACUACCACACACCCGACAACAUCUACCACACAACUGCCUACACCGUCCCCGAAAGAAUCAUUGAAGGUUCGUCUCGUUGAUGGUCCGAAUGCUCGGGAAGGACGGGUGGAAGUCCUCCAUAACGGAACUUGGGGCACGGUGUGUGACGAUAGCUGGGACGAUGAUGACGCCAAAGUUGUCUGCCGCAUGCUAGGCUAUGUCACAGCUGUCGCUGUACACACGUCCAAGGCCAGGUACGGGAGUGGUGUUGGUCCUAUCUGGUUAGACGAGACACAAUGUAGCGGUCAAGAGACCAACAUUGGUCAGUGUUUAAUGGAACCAUUUGGACGAGGGGAUUGUGACCACACAGAGGACGCCGGUGUCAUAUGUCAAGCAGAUUCUUUGAAGGUUCGUCUCGUUGAUGGUCCGAGUCCCCUGGAAGGUCGAGUGGAAGUCCUCCACAAUGGAACUUGGGGCACGGUGUGUGACGAUAGCUGGGACGAUGAUGACGCUAAAGUUGUCUGCCGCAUGCUUGGACACAGCAGUGUUGUCGCUGUACAUACGUCCAAGGCCAGAUACGGGAGUGGUGUUGGUCCUAUCUGGUUAGACGAGACACAAUGUAGCGGUCAAGAGACCAACCUUGGUCAGUGCUCAAUGGAACCCUUUGGACGCGGGGACUGUGACCACACAGAGGACGCCGGUGUCAUAUGUCGGCAGGCGUCGACUACGUCAUCACAGUCAACAACACAGGGAUCAUGGAUAGUCUUUGGUAUGUAUUUUAUAAUUGUUUUUCAUGUGACCUAAAUAUUCCUCUCAUUAUUCAACUUAUAUUUAUCAUUAAGUGAUGAUGAAUUUAUUUAAAUUUAUCAAACGAAUUAAAACCAAUAGAAUCUGUAAGAUGUCUUUUAAA